AUGGCUGUAUGGGAGACCGAGGACGAGUCUAAGGGCGAUGCCGCUUUCACGGCAUUGCCCACAUCCCGGGAUACACCUUACAGAACACCAUCACGAAGCUCGAGAAAGUCCCGACGUUCAGUUACCCCUCCGAAUGGGAAGAAGAGCCCGUCGCCUCCUCCUGUCCCGCAGGACAAGAGUUCCAAACGAUCCUCCCGCAAUAUGACCAACGACGACGGCAUCAGUGUCCUCGACCCGCGUCGUUUCACUCCAACUCUGCACGCUAACCUCGUUGCCGAGAUUCUGAACCUAAGGCGAGAUCAAGAAGAGAAAGCAAAGCUCAUCGAAAACCUCGAGGUGUCUUUGCAUGCCUCGCGCCAGGAGCAGGAAUCACUGCAAGAGUCGGUAGCUACCAUCACCAAGGAAGGCCGUUCGCUGCAACGCCAACUGUCGCUACUCGAGGGCGGUACCUCUUCGGCACUUAGUGAACUAUCCCGCGAGAGGGAUGAGGCCGUCGACUCCAUUACGGAAACCAAGAAGAGGCUUGAGGCCGCCCAAAGGAAGAUCAGAAGCCAGGAAGAAGACUCGCAAAGGGUUCACGACCUAUGGGCCCAAGACAAGGACUCUUGGGAAGAAGAGAAGCGCAAGUAUGAACGCAGGGUCCACGUUGCCGAGAGCCGCUUGAAGGUGGUUCUGGACGAAGUCGCUGCCUACCAGGCUGCCCAGGUCAAUGGCAAUGGCCAUGACAGUGAGACGGAAGACCAAAAGGAGAACGACGCAGCGAGCGUUCGAACCAUGAGCAUGACCAACAGCAUCCGCUUUUCCAUGCAGCAAAGUCCUGGCAAGGUCUUCAAUGGCAACUCCCUAGCCGACGAACUCAACCUCGACGGCGACGACGACUGGCAAACCGAUGAUGGCGGACGUGAGAGCGCCAUGUCGAACUACCGCCACACGCGAACAUUUAGUCGCGACAGCGUGCUGUCGAGAAUGCACCGCAGAAACCAAAGUAUUGAAAGCCCUCAGCGUCCCGGAAGUGUGACUCGCGGCAAACUCUGGAUGAAUCAGCCAGUUUUGGAGGCCCUGGAAGACGGGAUCCAAGAAGACGAUGAGGAUUUGAUGCCUCCCCCUCCGCCGCCGGCACCGAAGGUCAGCUACACAGACACGGGCAUCCAGUACUCGCCUCCUCCAUCGCCGAAGCCGGAACCAGUCAAGACAGCAACUCCCGAACCUACCGUCAAGGUAGAGAAACUCCCCGAGGUCGAAGCCACUCCUAGAGGUGAAUGGGAAGUAGAGGCCAACCAACGGCGCAAGCGAGUCCACCUCAACCGACCAUUGUCUAUCGAGCCGCGCCCCUUCAACCCCAUGGUCUCAGCCGGCUCGCAGACGGUCGAAGAACCUCUGAGCCCUCCCAAGACACCCAAAUCGCCGUACAGGUCCUUGACGCCGCCUCUUCCUGAAACCCCACCUCGCAUUAUGGUGUCUAUCUCGACACAGACGGACAAGCCCGAGGACAAGCCUCAGACGCCGCCUGUAUUACGACCGGUUCAGGAACUGGCCAUUCCAAGCAUCAGCAUUAUCCCACCGACCAGUCGUCCAACUACACCACGGGAGCCCCGACUUCCACAGUACUUCAAAGACUUUGGCUGCCAGGCAUCAAUCAUUUCCUCGGCUGAGGUGCGGUCUACGGCUGUCCAGACGGAAGAAAUUCUCUCUGACAAGCGAUUGGCAAAUCUUCCUGUACACUUGCGACCUUCAGCAAUCACGUCGAGACCUUCGUCACCCGUCAUUGCCACCGCUGUUACAACCGAUGACCCUCGGCACUUUACUCCUGUCCCCGGACACCUGCCGCCGAGGAACCCCAAGAGACUCACUAGCAAGCGGAGUCUCACCGACAUGCCCUCGUCUCCACCAACUUCCUCAGGUUUUGGAGAGCAAACCCGUGACGCAUACCCCGGUAACAACGAUGACGGGCCAUUGUCAGACAGCGCGCCCAUGCGACGGCCGCAUCGCAUCAGCAGUCUCUUCGCUGGGUUCCAGGACGCUCAAAGCUCUGAUGAGCAGGACGAGUUUGAUGCUGAUGUGAGCGACUCUGAGUACCGAACCGCCCUCUCCGCUCCCGGGAUGAGGAUGACAGACUCUCGAGCGUCCAACCGCACAUCUGUUAGCACUUUUGUGGCGUCACCGGAACAGACCAAGAAGUCUGUACCUAGCAGGAUUUCAGUGCGUCCCAUGGGAACCGAAAGCUACAGCUACAACCUGGAUAACAAGGAGACGGCUGGUAAGAAGCAGCCAGCGAAGCCUACAGCCAGGAGUUACGAGAAGUCUACUGCCGGUCCGUCAGGCAAGCAAAAUGCCAUGCGAAAAGCAGCCAUCAUACAGAGCGGCAUUGCCAGCCAUCAGGGCCGCCCCAGGAGCCCCAGCCUCCCGGAACCCCACGACCCUCCCUUUCCUAUCCCGACUCGGGCGAGUUCUCGGCGACCGCCAUUCAGUGUCAGCGCCCCGAGUGAUGGCCAGCGGAGCCCAACGAAGAUGGACGCACCAUGGCACCGCCGAGGCGUCGGCCGUAGCCACUAUCGUGCCGGCAGUGUCCACCGUGCUAAUAGCAUUCGCAAGGUCCGAUCGGCGGCCGCCCUUCCUAGGAACCAGAGGAACCGUAGACAAGGCAGUAGAUCUCCACCGCCCUUCUCGGAAACGACCGAAGCGCCGGAGAGUCCAAGCCUCCCGCCUCUGCCCUACAAUGACAUUACUAGCCCUCGGCACGACACGAGCUCCCACUACAGGUCACACAAGUCAAGGUUGUCGACCACAACAGCUCAGACCGCUACCACGGACGUCAACUCUGUCGGCGGGGCUUCCAAUGGCGCCUCGCAGGCCACGGGCGUUGUAGACGCCAUUGCGCAGACCAUGGUUGGCGAAUGGAUGUUCAAGUACGUCAGAAGACGCAAGUCUUUCGGAGUGCCUGAUAGCGGCAAGGACGACUCCAGCAAUGACCGCCACAAGCGAUGGGUUUGGCUGGCUCCCUAUGAGAGGGCCAUCCUCUGGAGCAGCAAGCAACCUUCCUCUGGCAGUGCCUUGAUGGGCAAGUCUGGCCGGAAACUCACAAUCCAGUCCGUACUUGAUGUCAAGGACGACAAUCCCGCCCCUAAAAACCAGGGUGCUGUGUUCAACCGUUCGAUCCUUAUCUUGACUCCACAAAGAGCGCUGAAGUUCACUGCCACGUCUUCCGAGCGACACUACGUAUGGCUCACAGCGCUUUCGUUCCUGGCCCACUCAACCCAAGCUAUUCCAGAAAUUGUCACUGCUCCUCAACCUGUGAAAGAAACAACGGUACCGGAUUUUGAACCGCCACUACCAACCAGGCGACCUGGCAUUCGUGAUUCCAUUCGACUGACAAAGAGCAAGGCUCCCUUGAUUAGAAGCGCCGGACCUCCAAGUAUUCCAAGUGUUCCUAGCAUACCCUCGUCUAGGACAGGCGACGCGUCCGGUUACAGACAGGCGGAUGCAUUCGCACCUUUGCCAGGCAGCAAUCAUCAGCGCGAGCAAUCCGGAGACGCGGCCGAACCACCUUUCAUCCCCCGAUUCACUGAACGGUCCAGUCAGGCUAUGGUCCAUGGACGGAAGCGAAGCAACACCGGAGGCCAUGUCCCACCACCGCUCUCCUUCCGCGGCUUUUCUGGGCCGGGCAGUGUCGGACAUCACAGCUACACCAACAGCAAUGCUGGCAAUAGUGUCGGCACAGCAGGAUCGUCCGACAUCUACCAGUCUCAACCGUCACAAGGUUCGAGCAGCAGACAGAGUUGGGGUAUUAGCACGGCUGGCUCCCAGCGUACCUCAGAAGCCUCCUCACGGCCUGGUGGUAACUUCUUUGACGCCAUCGGGACGGUGCGAAUGGAGGCUUUCAUCAGCCCCUUGGCGUAUUCAGGCUUUGAUAGAGACCCUGAUGAGCACGAGGAAUACCGGUAUCGAGCCCGAAGGCGGAGCAAGGAGCUUCGGCGUCGGCAAAGCCGCAGCCGCCACCGCGACAGCUACAGCUCUCGUGGUACGCGUGGCACAGACGGCUACUAUGGGGGUAGCCGAGUGGCUGGAGAAGACGACUACUUCCGAGAUGACCCGUUUAAGGGCUUCUAG